AUUCAUAUAUAUAUAUAUAUAUAUAUAUGCUACGACCGCCCCCAAUCCGUUCUCUUGUGCGAACGGCAUCAGCGAGACGCCGCCGCUAGGUUUAAUUUGGAUUCCCUUGUUAAUUGGACCAAAGCUGACUGCGCGUGCCGAUCAUGGCGACGGCUUCGGCAUCUUUCAAAUCACGAGAAGAUCAUCGGAAACAACUUGAAUUGGAAGAAGCACGUAAGGCUGGACUUGCCCCAGCUGAGGUUGAUGAAGAUGGAAAGGAGAUCAAUCCACACAUUCCUCAGUAUAUGUCAUCAGCUCCCUGGUAUCUUAAUGCUGAGAGGCCAAGUUUGAAGCAUCAGAGGAAAUGGAAAUCAGAUCCCAAUUACACCAAAUCAUGGUAUGAUAGAGGUGCCAAGAUUUAUCAAGCUGAUCGAUAUAGAAAGGGUGCAUGUGAGAAUUGUGGGGCAAUGACACAUGACAAAAAGUCCUGCAUGGAGAGACCUAGGAAAGUGGGAGCUAAGUGGACAAGCAUGCACAUAGCUCCGGAUGAAAAGAUUGAGACAUUUGAGCUUGAUUAUGAUGGGAAACGUGACCGUUGGAAUGGCUAUGAUGCUUCCGCAUAUUUUCGUGUAAUUGAGCAGUAUGAGGCUAGAGAUGAAGCCAGGCGGAAGUAUUUGAAAGAGGAACAAUUGAAGAACCUAGAGGAGAAGAAUAACAAAAAGGAUGACAAGGAUAGUGGUAGCGAUGAUGAUGAUGACGAUGAUUUUUUAAAGGUUGAUGAGGCUAAGGUUGAUGAGAGCAAACAGAUGGACUUUGCAAAGGUGGAGAAACGAGUGCGUACCACUGGAGGUGGAAGCACUGGAACUGUCAGGAAUUUGCGUAUUAGAGAAGAUACAGCAAAGUAUCUUUUGAAUCUAGAUGUCAACUCUGCGUACUAUGACCCAAAAACUCGUUCUAUGCGUGAGGAUCCUGUACCUGAUAGUGAUCCAAAUGAGAAGUUCUAUGAAGGUGAUAACCAAAACAGAGUUAGUGGACAAGCACUGGAGUUCAAGCAGCUCAACAUUCAUGCGUGGGAAGCUUUUGAAAAAGGACAAGAUAUCCACAUGCAAGCUGCUCCUUCUCAAGCGGAACUAUUGUUUAAAAAUUAUAAAAUCAUCAAGGAUAAAUUGAAAAACAAGACAAAAGAUACCAUUAUGGAGAAAUAUGGGAAUGCAGCAUCUGAGGAAGCACUACCUAGGGAGCUUCUUCUGGGACAAAGUGAGAGAGAGAUUGAAUAUGAUCGUGCUGGUCGAAUAAUAAGAGGCCAGGAAGCUGCCCUUCCUAAGAGCAAAUACGAAGAAGAUGUUUAUAUAAAUAACCAUACGACAGUUUGGGGUUCAUGGUGGAAGGAUCAUCAGUGGGGCUAUAAGUGCUGCAAGCAGACUAUCCGUAAUAGCUACUGCACAGGCUCAGCAGGCAUUGAGGCUGCCGAAGCUGCAACCAAACUUCUGAAGACUAAUAUGGCUCGUAAAGAAGCUACUGAUGAUAUUCCUGUGCAGCACGAGGAAAAACGCCAUGCCACCUGGGGAACCGAGGUUCCUGAUGAUUUGGUGCUAGAUAAAAGACUACUUGCAGAAGCAUUAAAGAAGGAAGACGAAAGAAAGAAGGAAGAGAGAGAUGAAAGAAAGCGGAAAUACAAUGUCAAAUGGGAAGAUGAGGUCACUGCUGAAGAUAUGGAGGCCUAUCGGAUGAAGAAGAUCCAUCAUGAUGAUCCAAUGAAAGAUUUCCUCCACUGAUUGCUCUAGUAUUUUUUUGGCUUAUGCAUCAUGUAUGUUCUGAAAUUAUUACAAAAGCAGUUGGAAGUUUUAAGAAUGUAUGUAUUUGCUAUGAUGUUUUACCCACUUUAGAAACUGCAUUUUGUUGGUCAAA